AUGCCUGAGUCAAAUUCGUCGAGAUCAAAGCGUCCGCGGUUAACCGAAGUUGGCGAGGAAGACACAACCGAUGACCGUCCACAUUGCCGCAACCGCGUACAUGAAAGGGUCUCCCAUGUCGCUAAAUUGCUCCAAAAAUGGAGUUGGACCUUUCCUCAGCUCGUCAAACACUGGAGCAAUCACAACAAUGGCGCCAGGGGAAAGCAACGUGCCAGAAAAAUAGUGGAUAUCCUACGAGUGUUCUUUACGGACGACAAGGAAGCCACAAUCAAAGAUCUAAGAAAUGAUCCUAUCACGAUUGAUGUUAUAGACGUUGCGACAACUUAUUUAGUCCAGGGAAUACGCGCAGAAUUCGAUGAGCUACGACGGUCGUCCACAUUCGGCCGGUGGAAGGCAGAUGAGGAUUUCAAAGACAUAGACAUGUCAAUGGUGGCAAAGGAGCUCUCGGAGCGUGCGCCACUGUUCAUGAACCUGAUGACCGAACUAGCCUCCAAUACCAUUGCCAAAAGUAACGGCUUCAUACGCAAGGAAGAGGAGAGCUAUCUUGUGAUGCUGGCAUCGAUCUUGCUGCUGAAAUCAUCCAAGGACACCGCAAACCACUUUGCACGUAUGCUGGGACUAUAUCUUCAACACAUGGGCGCUGAUCGACGCACCAUAGAGGUGCUUGACGGUCUGGGAGUCACGGAAUGUGCUAUCACACAUUAA